UGGGCGCUUAACGUAUCUCAACAGCGGCCCUGCAGAUAAAAUAUUUUUGAACCUGGUUUUAAAAAGAUUUCUCUCUAAAUUCCAUUGAUAGGAAACAUGAAAAUAUGCAUGAUCUUAUCAGUGACCGAGAGAAGGUUAGACAUUUAUCAAUGAACGAGGGGAAUCGUAGGAGAAAAGAGCGGGUGGUAGCAGGACUCUACACGCGCUUUGAGACAAAGAGAGGGUUCCUUCCUGACGCACGCGCUAUCUAGAGCCGAGAGUAUCUUAUAUACACAAAGCACGUGGCAACUGCUAUUGAAAUACAGCAUAUUGUGUGAGGCCGACCUAUUGAAGAUGAUCCACACCAGUCUCAGCAGCCGAAGAGUGAAAAAUUAUUCCGGGAAUAUUUAGAGACUCGCACACAGGGAUCUCAAGGGGGAAAUUAUACGUUAUUCAAUCCAUGAGUGACAGUGAUUAUUCUCAAUAAAGCCUUACUACGGCUUUAGAACCACGUUAAAAAAUCGUCUUCGUGAAAUUCAUUGAAGUAAGUGGCGGAUCUAGAUGACAGUGUACGGGGUGGAUGUGGUUGUGAUGAGCUACCGUGGUUCAGGGUCAAAUGGGGUCAGGGGUAGAGGUCAAUCCAUUAAUGACAACAACAUGUGUAAAAUUGUCGUCCUGGGAUGUCCGGGGGUCGGCAAGACAGCUUUAACGGUGCGGUAUUUGACGAAACGCUUCAUUGGGGAGUACUGCCCAACGUUAGAAAGCAUUUACAAGUUACAGACGACAGUUGACGAUGAUGACGUCAGGCUGGAGAUCCUGGAUACUGCAGGGCAGGACCCGGCCUACUGGAAGGAUGGUUAUGCGCUCUGGGCUGACUGUUUCCUCUUUGUGUAUUCUAUAACGGACCGAAACAGCUUCGAAGAAAUAAUCAAACUGAAAAGACAAGUCGAAAACGCACGGAGAUCUACAAAUAUCUCUGGAAUCCUUGUUGGGAAUAAGUUAGACCUUCUCCACGAUCGGCAGGUGCCCGCCUCGGACGGUACAGAACUUGCGGACGAGAUCGGCUGUAAGUUUUACGAGGUGUCGGCCGCCGACUGGACACAGGUGUCAGACAUUGAUGUGAUGUUUCAGGACUUAUUCCGGGAAUACCGGAGAGCUAAAAUAAUUCGGGAGGGGCGACAGAGGAAAACUAGCUCAUCCGUGAAGUUCAAACAAGCCAUUCAGAAAGUUAUUUCUGGAAAAACACCGGUUAAAAAGACGCUUAGUGCAUGAUUAUUCAGGGUAUGCAUGUUAAAUCAUCGUUGUUAUAUUUUUAUACAGGAUAAACCGGCAUUUUCUAUUAUCUCCUGUGACCAACAAAUAUGACAAGCCAAUAUUCUGCAGCAAAUGUCCUAAAAGUUUAUUAAACCACGUAAUGACAGUUAAUUUUGAUAAUAGAGUUAGUGAAUUUUAUUUAGCAGAUCUACUUUCUAUCAAUAUGAAUUCAAUGGAAGGCAAAUGGAGGUGAGUUUCUGCAGAAGAACAGCGUACGUGUUGUUUAACGUCGAGUCGGGGACAUUUGAACAGUCAUAUUAUCUUUCUCAACUUGUUGUCAAACACCAUCAAUAUAUGUCCUUUCCUUCCUUUAUACAUUUAUAAUUAGAUAAUCAGAACUAGAAAUUAAGUAAGAAUACACGUCAUUGAUUGGUAAGAGUGUUAAUUGAUGAUCAUGUAGGCUUUCUAAAAGUUUUCUUGAAGAGAUGAAAAAAAAUGUUUUCAUAGAUCAAAUAGUGCUCUCUUUUUUUACGCAAGAAACUGACAUUGUAUUUAAUUUCAUGUAAUAAAUGCAAGCAUUGCAAAGUUUGCUAGAGGAAAUGAAAAAAAAUAAUAAAUGUCUUCACAGAUCGAUAAGUUUUUUUUUUUACGCAAGAGAUUAACACUGUAUUUAAUUUUAUACUUGUUAAAACCUGUUGCUGACAUUGUUAUCUGUGAUAUAUAUUGGGGUCAUCAAUGCAAUAUCGAUUAUUAAACGGUAUACAUAUU